UAAGUAGAGACGAUCGCAUCAACUUCGUUUCGUCGAUUCUUUCCAAUUCCAUUCCUUUUUCUUCUUUCCAUUUUUGGCCCAUACCCUUUUUCUUCUCCUACUAUUCAAUUUCAAACCCUCUCUCAUGGCGUUUGCAUUAGUCACUUGGAUUUCCGCAUGCUCUUCCGUAAAAAUGCAAUCUUGAUCUGAUUUUAACUGCUGUGUGAAAUCUUGGCGCGCGUGAGUGUUUUUCUUGGCCUGAUUGAAUAUGAAGGUGGGGAAGUCUCAGGUGUGGCAGCCUUGCAAGAAGAAGAGGCUGUAGUAGUUUGUGAUUCAAGAAUCCCAUUUAGGGAACUUGUGGAGAGAGAGAGAGGGAGAGGGAAAGGGGGAGUGGAAUGUGUAUAAUCUGUAUUAGGUAAGUGAGGCAAAAAAGGGGAAGAUUAUCCAAAAAAGGGGGGAUUUUGGGAUUGAUUCAUUACAUAUUGAUAUAUAUAGAUAACGGAUAAGGGCUGUGGUGAUGGUGAUGGCAUCGAAAUCGAGCGCUGGUGGCAGUAGCAGCGGCGGCGGCGGUGGUGGUGGUGGCCGGACUCGCGUGGGGAGGUAUGAGCUUGGGAGGACUUUGGGAGAGGGGACUUUUGCAAAAGUGAAGUUUGCUAGGAAUCUUGAGACAGAUGAGAAUGUGGCCAUCAAGAUUCUUGAUAAGGAGAAGGUUCUCAAACACAAGAUGGUUGGCCAGAUCAAGCGCGAAAUUUCAACCAUGAAACUGAUAAGGCAUCCUAAUGUAAUCCGGAUGUUUGAGGUUAUGGCCAGCAAGACAAAGAUAUACAUUGUUAUGGAAUUUGUAACCGGUGGUGAACUCUUUGACAAGAUUGCUAGUCGAGGCAUACUGAAAGAAGACGAAACAAGGAAUUAUUUUCAGCAGCUCAUUAACGCGGUUGAUUAUUGCCACAGCAGGGGUGUUUACCACAGGGAUCUUAAGCCGGAGAAUUUGCUGCUUGAUUCCAAGGGCAUUCUCAAAGUCUCCGAUUUUGGUUUAAGCGCCCUACCACAGCAAGUUCGGGAAGAUGGAUUGCUUCACACGACAUGUGGGACGCCAAAUUAUGUUGCCCCAGAGGUGAUCAACAAUAAGGGCUACGAUGGAGCUAAGGCAGACAUAUGGUCUUGUGGUGUUAUACUUUUUGUACUCAUGGCUGGAUUUCUGCCCUUUGAGGAGCCGAAUCUUGUGGCAUUGUACAAAAAGAUAUUCAAGGCGGAUUUCAAGUGCCCUAGAUGGUUUUCAAAAAGUGUACAGAAACUAAUCACAAGAAUUCUGGAUCCCAACCCAUCCACGCGUAUAACAAUCAGUGAGAUCCUCGAAAACGAGUGGUUCAAGAAAGGAUACCAGGCACCUGUUUUCGAACAAGAGGAUGUUACCCUCGAUGAUGUCAAUUCAAUCUUUAGUGAAUCAGCAGACUCUCCCAACCUUGUUGUGGAGAAGCGGCACGAACGGCCCCCAGCGGCUGCACCAGUGACUAUGAAUGCCUUUGAGCUCAUCUCCACCUCACAGGGUCUCAAUCUCGGUUCGCUCUUUGACAGGCAGAUGGGUCUUGUCAAGCGAGAAACGAGAUUUACAUCAAGACGCCCUGCCAGCGAGAUUAUGUCGAAAAUCGAGACAGCAGCCGGGCCUAUGGGGUUUGAUGUGAAGAGAAACAACUACAAGAUGAAACUUUAUGGGGAAAAAUCCGGCCGGAAGGGUCACUUGUCCAUUGCAACAGAGAUUUUUGAAGUAGCUCCAUCACUUCACAUGGUUGAGCUUCGCAAGGCUGGAGGAGAUACAUUCGAAUUCCACAAGUUUUACAAGAACCUUUCGACCGGGUUGAAAGAUAUCGUAUGGACAGCAGGCGAAGGAGUACAACAGGAAGAGACCAGCCGUACUGAUCACCCGAGGCCUUAAUCGUAACGUCGUCUUGCUAAGUUGGACUCAUACUUGCAUGUUAGUGUUGAUUUGUAGUAUUUGGUAUGCUUACAUAAUAUGGAACAUCGCCCUUUAUAUUUUUGAUUUGCUUGUGUAACAUUAGCAUAUCCUAUAUGAUGUCUAUAAAUGUAUGAUUGAGGAUC